AUGUCACCACUCCCUGAUUAUCCCUGGCAAAAGGUCAGCAUAGAUUUCUGUGGGCCUUUUCUGUCCGGUGAUCAUCUUUUAGUCAUUGUUGAUGAUUAUUCUCGUUUUCCAGUGGUUGAAAUUUUAAAAUCAAUAUCAGCACGAGCAACAAUACCAAUAUUAGACAAGGUUUUUGCAAUCUACGGAAUCCCAGAAGUCAAAAAUGACAAUGGAUCUCCGUUCAACAGUGAUGAUUUUUUAUUAGGCUUCCGACAUCGACGCAUUAAGCCAUAUUGCCCAGAAGCUAAUGGAGAGGCCGAAAGGUUUAUGCGAACAAUAAAGAAAGCAGUUCGUACCUCCCAAACUAACGCUUGGCCUUGGAAACAAGACCUAUGGCAAUUUUUGAGAAAUAACAGAGCUACGUCACAUUGCACGACAAAAGCUGCACCGGCUACAAUUUUGUUUGAAAGGAAAAAAAACACAACCUUGCCUCACAUAAGCGACACAGUACAGUCUGAUGCUAUAGAAGCAGCAGAUCGAAAAUCUAAGGAAAAAAUGAAGGAAAACGCAGAUAUGAAACGCAGAACAAAGCCAUCACAGUUAAAAGAAGGCAACACAAUCAUACUCAAAAACACUGCAGAGCAAGGAAAAUUAAUAACGCCAUACAAACCUCUACCAUAUACAAUAACAAACAUGAAGGGUUCAAUGAUAACCGCUGAGAGACAAGGACAUAAAAUCACGCGUAAUAGUGCACAUGCUAAGCAGUUACAAACAGAAACAGAAAGGCAAAUGGCACAUGAAGUAGUUGAGCAAAGUCCAAAUAACCCUGGUAUUGCAAAAGCGAAAAGAUCAAGAAAUUGCUCCCAGAAACUUAAGGAACAAUGUUAA